GUGCUCCUCGGAAAGACCUUGAACGAGAGAGGGAGAGAGAGAGGGAGAGGAGGAGGAGGAGGGAGAGAGAGAGAGAGAGAGAGAGACUUCAUAAGCCGUGUGCAUUGUGAUAGAAAAAAAAGAAAAGAAUAUUGAAAAAAUAAAAUAAAAACUUGAAAAUAAAAUAAAAGAAAAAAAGAAAAUAAAAGAAAAAGAAAAUAAGUCAAAGAGAAAACAAAAAAGAAAACAAAAGAAAACAAACUGGAAAUAAAAUAAAACAAAAACAAAAAAAGAAAAGAAAAUAAACGAAAAAAAAAAAAUGGAAAUAAACUAAACUAAAGACUAAAUAAUAAAAGAAAAGAAAACUAGAAAAUAAAAUGAAAUAAAGAGAAAAUUAGUGAAAUAAAAAAAAGAAAAACAAAGAAAAAAAAAAUCAGACCCUUCAAUCAACCAUCCCUCACCCCAUCCAUCCGUCCAUCCAUCCAUCCGUCCAUCCACCCAGACCAGCCAUGGAGGGCCUAAGCCACGGUCUGGGUUUUGGGCUGGGCUCCUCGGAUCGACGGAGUGUGUGGAAGGAGGAGAAGGAGCGGAAACUGGCCAAGCUCAAGCAACUCAAGGCGGAGAGAGAGAAGCGGAGGAGAGGACAGAUGGAGAAAGAGGCGCAGGAGGCAGCCGUGCGCGCCAGCAGUGCUCCGCGGGAUGACCAGGACUUGGAUAAGGUGCUGGCGUCGCUUGGCGUGGCCCCCGUGUCAGAUGUCCUCCUCAGCAUGUCCAGCACAGCCUCGGAUUCUGGGGGCGACUUAACAGCCUCGCCGGACAAGAGUCUCGAGGCAAACUCUUCCAUGUCGCCCAGAACACCAUGCAAGAAGCCUCCGCCGCAGCUGUCUGUUGUCAGCGUGCAGGCCACCAACAUUCCACCGAAGGAGACCGUCACCUACAGCAAGGGCAUCCAGACAUCAGGCUCCGGCGAGGGGCACGGUUACUUUGAGGAUUGGUGGCGUCCGAGGAAAGCCCAUGCCUUCGACUACUACGGGGACGGAAUCUUAGCUCAGAUACGCACUAAAUACCACACGAUGCACGAAUAUAACCUAAACCCAGCGCUAGAAUGGGAUGAUGAGUUCACAGUUCUGACCUAUGAUGACCCGCAAGCCGAGGAGGAGGACAGCUCCCUCACCCUCCUGGACACGCCGCCCAUGUUCGGGGGCGGCCACAACCGACACUUGCCCCCGGGUAUCCUGCCCACGGGAAUGCCCACGGUACAGGACUUCAAGCCGGCUAUCGCGAACGAGCAGGAGAAGAAGGCGGCCGAGGAGGUCAAGCCAGAGCCACCCCGGGAACUGUCGGAUGAGGAGAAGCAAAUGCUGAUGAUGACGGAGGAGUUCCACAGCUUCUUCGACCGCUCGUCCCGCGUCAUCGAGAGGGCGCUGGGCGAGGACAUGAACAUCUUCGUCGACUACUCCCACGACUACGAGGAGGACGGCGAAGCCAACGAGGGCGGCGGCGUGAAGCUGUCCCUCAAUCGCUGGUUCUAUGACGAGCGCUGGUCCCGGAACCGCUGCAUCACUUACAUGGACUGGUCCCCACAGUACCCAGAGCUGCUUGUGGCCAGUUACAACAACAACGAUGACUCCCCACACGACCCUGAUGGCGUGGCGCUCGUCUGGAACACCAAAUUCAAGAAGGACACCCCAGAGUACAUCUUCCACUGCCAGUCCCCUGUCAUGUCCGCCACCUUCGCCAGAUUCCACCCUAAUCUCAUUGUGGGUGGGACCUACUCUGGCCAGAUCGUGCUGUGGGACAACCGCAGCCAGAAGCGAACCCCAGUACAGCGCAGCCCUCUGUCUGCCGCGGCACACACACACCCCGUCUACUGCAUGAAGGUGGUGGGCACGCAGAAUGCCCACAACCUGAUCAGCGUGAGCACCGAUGGCAAGAUGUGCUCCUGGUCUCUCGACAUGUUCUCUCAGCCCCAGGAGUCCAUGGAGCUGCAGCACAAACAGUCCCGCCCGGUUGCCGUCACCUGCAUGGCCUUCCCCCACGGCGAUGUCAACAACUUCAUCGUGGGCUCCGAGGAGGGCGCCGUCUUCACAGCGUGUCGUCAUGGCAGCAAGGCGGGCAUCGUGGACGCCUAUGAGGGCCACCAGGGACCAGUGACAGGCAUCAGCUCCCACUCCACGCCAGGCUCCAUCGACUUCUCCCACCUCUUCCUCACCUCCUCCUUCGACUGGACUGUCAAGCUGUGGUCCGUCAAGCACUGGUCCAUGAAGGAGACCAAGCCGCUCUACUCCUUCGAGGACAACGGUGACUACCUGUACGACGUGGCCUGGUCCCCCAUCCACCCGGCGCUCUUCACGACAGUGGACGGCACGGGACGGAUCGACCUCUGGAACCUCAACCAGGACACAGAGGUCCCAACGGCCAGCACGGUGGUGGAGGGCAACCCAGCGCUCAACCGCGUCUCCUGGACCAACAACGGCCAGCAGAUCACUGUGGGCGACGACAUGGGCAAGAUCUGGAUAUACGACGUGGGAGAGCAACUUGCCCUGCCGAGAGCGGACGACUGGGCCCGGCUCGUUCACACCCUCGGCGAGCUCAAAAACAACCAGACAGAUGACGACCAUUCCACGCGGCACUAUGACUCCUCCUCCUCCCUCUCCUCCAUCUCCUCAUCGCUGCUCAGAUAGAUGCCGGGCCGAACAGUGCCUGGGGAAGAGACUUUUAUCAAUGCCUGUUUAGUUACGUUAUGAUAGGCUGUAUUUAUCAAGUGCCAGAGUAAUAUUAUAAAAGUUACUAGAUGCUACGCUAUGCUGGUGGUGUGAAGAGAUGGAGAGAUAUAUAUAUAGUGGACUUUCUAAUGAACUCAAUCUACUACCCAAUGUCCUCUGUAUGUCCUGUAACUGUUAAAUAAAUACCGUGCAAGAACUAAGCCUCAUGUGUUAGUAUUCCCAGAGUGUGCAGGAAGACGUAACACAAGAAUAUCGAACGUGAAAAGCUGAUUAGAAUAUAUAUAGUGGACUCUUAUCUAUCCAAUGUCAUAUGCAAGAUUCUGUGACUACCUGCAAAUGUUGAACAGUAAAUAGCCUUCGAGAACUAAGCCUUCAUGUGUCUAUUUCAAGAGUGUGCAGGAACAAGUAACACAAGAGUAUCUAUCUCUAUCUACCCAAUGUCAUAUGUAAGAUUCUGUGACUAUACUUGACUGUACUUCCUGUAAAUGUUAGUUAGAUAAAUAACCUACAAGAACUCAGCUUUCACAUAUCGAAAAAUAUUUAUCAUGAAGAGCUGGAUUGAAGAUAAAUAAUGGACACUACGCAAUGUCAUAUGUAAGAUUCUGUGACUAUACUCGAAUGAACCUCCUGUAAAAAGAUAUAUAUAGCCUGCAAGAAUUCAGCCUCCAAAUGUCUGUAUUUCAAGAGUUUAUAGGAAGACAUAACACAAGAAUAUCUAUCUAACUAACGUGAAUCCCUCAGUUGAUCUAUCCAAUGUCAUGUGUAUGAUUCUGUGGCUAUAUUUGACUGUCCUUCCUGUAAAAAGAUAUAUAUAACCUGCAAGAAUUCAGCCUUCAAGUGUCUGUAUUUCAAAAGUUUGCAGAAAAACGUAACACAUGAAUAUCUAUCUAUCUAACGAGACUCCCUCAGUUGAUCCAUCAAUGUCAUGUGUAAGAUUCUGUGGCUAUACGCGACUGUACUUCCUGUAAAAGGAUAUAUAUAGCCUGCAAGAAUUCAGCCUUCAAGUGUCUGUAUUUCAAGAGUUUAUAGGAAGACAUAACAAGAAUAUCUAUCUAUCUAAUGUGACUCCCUCAGUUGAGCAGCUGCCAAGUUAACUCACUCGUUAAUUCCUGGUGUAUAUAGAUAUUGUAUUCUCUCUAAUUUACUGAGUUGGUGGGUCUUUUUGUGACGUGUGAUAUUACGUACGUACUUCAGAACAAAGACACUCCCCUUGGUGAUGGACUUUGAAAAUUAUUGAAGAAACUUUUGUUGCUUGUAGUUGAAUAUUUUGUUAUCUGCCUUACUAGAUCUUGUUUGAAAUAUGAAAAUAAAUGAAUAUUGUCGACUA